UCUAAAACUGAUAAUACGUGUAAAUAUCGCCAACAUUUAACAAACACUAUGGCCAUGUAUAUGACCUUAUUUAAAAUAUUUGCGUUACUAUUGCAUCCUUAUUGACAUGUUGGACUACUGGAUUAAAACAUAAGGAGUCGUUACGCAAGAAACCUGGAAUGAUGUUGCUCGUCAGUGGUGAACGUGGCUCUACGGACAACACCAUUUCCCCUGUUCGACGGGAAGUUUGUGGUAGCCGGCGAUGCGAUGGCGCCGGAAAUGACGGAGGGAUUUCAUUCAAAGCGUGUUAUAUUAUUGGAUUCUUAUUUUGCUUGACAAAAAUGAAACCGAAAUCAAGAAUUAUUUUGACCUGGUUCUACACAGUUAUCUGCGCAUGCGUAACUGGAAGUCUUGUAGCACGGUACCACUAUUUGAACAAAUUGGCAGCAUCUCCUACAGACAUGAGAGAAAUUGACAUGGUUUCCACUACCUUUUGUGAAUCAGUAACAGUAACGUCUUCAUCACCAAUAACUGUAUACAAGUUCUAUUCCGUACCGGAAAUAGGGAACACUUAUACAGACUUUUAUCGUAGAGUUUCCACGAAUUUAGAACGGGAUGAAUACCAAUAUUGGGGCUUUUAUCUAUUGAAAGGCUCAAUAAUCACAGCACGUGUUUGUGGUCGAGCUUAUCUCUAUAGAAUUGUUGGAAAAGACAAGCUUAAUCAAUGGAUUGGUGGAUCUCACCGAGAUAGUUCGGAUGGCGGCCCAAUACUGACAAAUUAUUGUGGUUCAGGAAUAUAUCAACCUAUCAUAGUGAAUGUAACGGCGACCAAGUCUGAACAGUAUUACUUUCUCUUUCUCAAUACAGUGCUUAUAAAUGGACAACGAACAAAUGUUAAGGUUGAUUUUGUUCUGCAACGGAAGUUCUACAUGGGUCGAAAUAACGUGUCUACAAUAGUCUGCAUGGAAAGUUCAAACUGCACUGUACCUCUCUCGGCACAGUCUUCGGAAACCGUCGUUUUCUACGUACCAGACCAUGUAAGAACGGAUGAAAUUCAAGUGAUAAGUAGAUGUAAACCGCGUGUGUAUAUGUAUAUUCUAGUUUUCGGCAUUCUGCCAUUUCUUAUAGGAACAUUAAUAACAUGUGCUAUUGUGAAAUUUACUCGUAAACGUAACACAGAAACAGAUAGACCCGGGCGAAGUAUUUUUACUGUGUCUGAUAAUGAAGAUGAGACACUUCAAGGAUAUAUCAAUGAAAACUUUCAGUUGCAACUUAGUCCUCCGAGUUAUGCCGAGGUGCAGUCAUUAAGCUCUCCAAGUUACUCCGAGGCACCUCCGAGUUAUGACGAAGCCGUUAGCAACAACCAAGGAAAAGAAAUGGUGGAAACAAGGUCAAACUGACUGUGCUUACUGUGCAACACAAGGUCAAACUGACUGUGACUUAUUGUGUAACAUAUUUAUUUGUUUGCUGUGAUAUUUGUCGUUGUCAAUUUACUUUGUAUUCAUAAAUGAAAGAAAAGUCAUUUAUUUUUUACACUGUGGAAAUUGUGAAAUGACUAAUGCACUGUAUUUGAUGUUUCAAAUGCUGUACUGUAUGGAGGACCGAAGGACGGUCAGUAUUACGUUGAAACAAUUCAUCCUUUCCUAUAUUUGUUUUGUAUUUAUUCAAAUAGACUUCAAGCAUUUACGUUUUUACAGGUUUUAUGUACAGCAAAAUCACGUGAAGUAUCAGCGUAUACUAGUAUAGCCGUUUAUGCUCCAUCUGCAAUACGAAGACAGCAAUGUUUAAAAAGUCCUCUUUAUAGGAAGACUUACGUAGUUUGUCUACUUUUGUUUCCUUUGUGAUAAACAAUUUUAUCUUUGAAAA